GCGGUUCCACUCUGAGAGCCCUCACUUAACUUCAACCGGCAAUAUCCACAUUUCUUUGGACUUUCAAAUCAUAUUCUGGCGAGUGGCAAGGACCUUCAACACUUUCCAUUCAGUUAAGGUGUAGGUGUAUAUUGGUUGACACUCCAUAUUCUUGAAUCUUGUCUAGAGCUGCAAUAAACCAGACAGCGUUCCAAACAAAAGCCACUGAAUGACUUGGCUAUAGCCGACAGCCUACAUGCAUUGUUUUUAUCUAGCUAUAGCUUGAUUUAGUACAUUUUUAUUGGUGCCCAGCUAAACUGUGAAUAACUGUGAAUAGCUAUGAAUAAAUCUAAGCUAGCAAUCGGACUUUUAGUCGUUGGCACUCUGACGCUAGUUUUUGGAACAGUUAUAGUUUUCGUUGGACCAAUCAUUAUCGACAACCAAAUAGUCAAGAACUUAGUGAUAGACCCUAAGAAUGAGAUGUCCUACACCAUGUGGAAGGAUGUCCCUGUCCCCUUCUUCAUGACUGUCUAUUUCUUCAAUGUCCUGAACCCUACUGAAGUCCUGGCUGGAGAGAAACCCAUGGUGGAGCAGAGAGGACCUUAUGUAUACAGGAAGCAUAUUCAGAAGCAGAACAUCACGUUCCAUCCAAACCACACUGUGUCGUAUCUUGAAUACAGGAGCUACUUCUUUGAGCCCAGCAUGUCAGUGGGCAAUGAGUCGGAUGUGGUCACCAUCCCCAACAUGCUGGUGUUGGGUGCAGCAGUGAUGAUGGAGAACUUGCCGUUCGCAGUGCGUCUGAUGAUCAGCACCACCUUCAAGACCUUUAAGGAGGGACCUUUCCUCACCAAGUCUGUAGGAAAGCUGAUGUGGGGCUACGACAGCAAGCUGGUGGACUUCCUCAAUAAAUGGCUCCCUGGGAUGCUGCCCUCCACUGGCAAGUUUGGCCUUUUUGCUGAGUUCAACAACUCAAACACUGGUUUGUUCACAAUCCACACUGGCAAAGAUGACAUCAGGCUGAUUCACAAAGUGGACUCAUGGAAUGGCCUGACCAAGUUGACCAAUUGGAAGACUCCUCAGUGUAACAUGAUCAAUGGUACAGCAGGACAAAUGUGGCCUCCCUUCAUGACUAAAGAAUCUACACUGCCCUUCUACAGUCCUGACGCCUGCAGAUCUUUGGAGAUGGUGUACCAGCGUGAGGGGAUAAUGGAGGGGAUUCCUCUGUAUCGUUACGUGGCACCUAAGACUCUGUUCGCUAAUGGCUCAGACUACGCUCCCAACGAGGGAUUCUGUCCCUGCAGACAGUCUGGCCUCCUCAACGUCAGCAGCUGCAGAUCCAACUCCCCAGUGUUUAUCUCCCACCCGCACUUCUACAAUGCUGACCCUGUCCUGCUGGACUAUGUACAGGGACUUCAGCCUACUGAGGACCAACAUGGACUCUUCAUAGACAUCCACCCUGAGACUGGUGUACCUCUGAAUGUGUCUAUCCGUCUGCAGCUCAACUUGUAUAUGAAGAAAGUGUCUGGGAUCACGGAAACGGGGAAGAUCUCUGAGGUGAUGAUGCCCAUGAUGUGGUUUGAGGAGAAUGGUUAUAUCGACGGUGAAAUCCUGGCGACGUUCCACACUAACCUGGUGCUAUUGCCAAUGGUGAUGGUGUACAUGCAGUACUGUUUCAUAGUCCUGGGCCUGGCCACCGUACUGGGGGUUGUACUACUAUACUACAGGAACAAGGCAUCUGUUAAAGACACCGUAAACAGCGCAGAUGCCCUCAAACAACAGACGGACAAAUGUAUCGUGAAUGACACAGAUAAGAUGUGAGAGGACUGUCAUACAGGACACCAACGGGAGCGAACAAACCCCUCUACUACAGCACUGGGUGGACACACACAGAUAGCAGUCUAGCCCAGUGCUGCAGGGCUCUGUGUUUGAGACUGAAACCCUAUAGCCACUGACUGACAAUUCUCUCUC